AUGAAAAGAUUCAGUGGGCAAAUAUUACUAAUUUCUACAUGUAUUUUGAGUGUUGGUGUGUAUUAUUAUGUAAAAACUACAAAAUAUUCUGAUUAUAGAAGAAGAUAUGAAGGAGUUUUAAAUGAUAUAGAAAGACAAAAAAAAAAAAUUGAGAAAUGGAAAGUUAAGAAUUUAUAG